AUGUCUAUCAGAACAAACCGCAUGAAAGCAGUGCCUUCACUGCAGAGACGGUUGAUAUCAGUUAAGAGCAAACAAGUCUCUCAUAUAGCUGAUAAGCUCGACAAGUUGAUGUCUGAUCUUAAUAGCAUAAAAUAUUUGUUUUCCAUAGUGAAAAGUAACGAAGAAGAACUCCUUGACACGUUAAAAAUUGUGGAUGACCUUCUCCGCAACUUCAGAACAGAUAAGUUCUUCGAGAUUUCCAAUCGCAUUUUGCAUUCAGAUGAUGCCACAAAUACCAAUCUACAAAAGGUUGUAACGAUUGAUGAAAAGUUGGAGAAUUUGAAGUGCGCGCUAAACAACUUGAAGGCUAUGUUUUUAACACUGAAGAAAACCGAAGAACUAUGGGAAAAGUUCAGAGAAGUGGAAAAUUCUCUUCAAAUCAUCAACUCGAAGCCUGCAGAAGAUGCAAGUCAAAGUGAGACAAAAGCUUUAGAGCAACCAGGCCAAACAUUAAGGGAGGAGUUGGUGGAUCAAGCCUUCAAAGUCACUGGUAUUGAUAAGCCACCUUCAAGACAAGAGGUACCAGACAAGACGAGUACUGCAGAAAAAGAUAUACGGAUUGAUGAGAAGUUUGAGAGUUUGAAGUCCAAGAUAGAAAAAAUCAAAGGGAUGUCUUCCACAUUAAAGGAAAACGAAGAACUCCGGGAAAAAUUACGAGUCGUGGAAGAUCUUCUUCGAAACUUCAAUGCUAAAAAUUUACCUGAGAAUGUGAAACCUAUUGAAGAUUCUAUUCAAAAUGAAACAAAAAGUUCAGAGCUACCAAGCCAAGCAUCAAGAGAUGACUCGUUGGAUCAAGACUUCAAAUCCUCUAAUGUUGAUAAACCAUCUUCAAGCAAAGAGCCAAAAGACGAAAAUAGUGUCAAAAAAGAUGUAACAAUUGAUGAAAGGUUGGAGAGUUUGAAGUUGAAGCUGGACAUCAUGAAGGUCAAGCUUUCCACAAUUAAGGAAAAUGAAGAACUGCAUGACAUGUUAAGAACCCUGGAAGAUCUUCUAAACUUUGACCAAAAAGGUUUGGCUGAGAUUGUUAAGCCUGUAGAAGAUGCAAACCAAAGUGAAGCUAAAGGUUCAGAGCAAACAAACCAAAAGUCAAGGGAUGAGUUGGAGGACCAUGCCUUCAAAGAUAAGCCAUCUCCAAGCGAAGAGGCAAAAGACAAGGAGAGUGUGGAAAAGUAUGUAUUAGUUGAUGAAAAGUUGGAGAGUUUGAAGUCUGAGAUAGAGAACAUGAAGGCGAAGUUAUCCACAUUGGCAAAAAAUGAACUCUUGACCAUGUUAAGAGCCCCAGAAGAUCUUCUCCAAAACACUGACACAAAAUCUCAGGUUCGGAAUGUCGAGCGUGUAGAUUCUACGGAGGGGCGGGUGGAAGAAGUGGUGAAAGCCAUUAGUAAGAAAAUCAAGGACUCAGCUAAAAAGCUCGGUGUUAUAACAAAAGCUAAUGAAUCAUCAGACCAAGGAAAAGCAUCUAAAGUAGUGCAUUACCCCAUACUAUCUUUAAGCCCAGACCAUGAGGAUGUGAAUCUAGUCUUGAAAAGGUUCCAGGCUAGUUAUGAUGCCCUUAAUUCUCAUUCAAAAGUUUGUUGCUUGUCUCUAUCAGUUUUCCCUGAAAAUGUUGUCAUAAAGAAAAGGCAUAUAAUUUAUUGGUGGAUUGGAGAGGGUUUUGUCAAAAAUGCAACAAAGAGUACAGCUGAAGAAGAAGGUGAGGCUGUUUUUGAUGAGCUUUUGAAUUCUAAUCUCAUUUUAGCACAUGGUAAGCUUAAGUGUCCCGUUGUGAAUAAAUUUAAAAUUAAUCCUUGGAUCCGCCACAUGUUGGUAUCAUCCAUUCUAGGAAAAAAUAAACAACCCUUUGGAUUUUAUUCACAAAUAAUAACCCCUUCCCAUCAUAAUGAUGUUCAUGCUUGCUUAGUACUUGACCAACAAAAAGUUGAAAUAGGUGGUGAGUUUGGUUCGAAAUCUGACCAUUGGCGAAGUGUUUUCAACGUUGGAGCAAGUUAUCUUACUAUUGAACCUCAAUGGAUGACUAAAAUGAAUAAGUUAGUGGUGCUUCAACUUGGUCGUUGGCAAGAAUCUUCUUCACAUCACAUUGAAGUUAAUAGUGAAAAAUUCAUGACAGACUUGAAGGCUCAAAAGCAUCUGAAAUAUCUCAGCCUUCGUGGUAUAUCAAGAAUAUCAGAAUUGCCAGAGACUAUUUCUCAACUUGUCAGCCUACAAAUUCUUGAUCUCAAGGCUUGUCACAAUCUCGAAACCCUACCUGUUGAAAUUACAUUGCUGAAAAAGCUCACGCACUUGGAUGUGUCCCAGUGCUACUUGUUGGAGAGGAUGCCAAAGGGGAUUGAGAAGCUCACUGAGCUCCAAGUACUCAAGGGAUUUGUAGUAGGCAGUUCCAGCAAGACUUCUAGAAUAUCUGAUCUUGUAAACUUGAAAAAAUUAAAACGACUUAGCAUACACAUUGGAAGUGAGGCUGUUAUCCAGGAUAGAGAGUUUGAAAGGCUAGUUGAAUUGUCAGAAGUUAAAUGUCUCAAAAUAUCAUGGGGUGUGUUGUCUAACACGAAGUACAAAGAUUUUGAGAUCUCUCUUCCAACAAGUUUGGAAAAGUUGAGCCUUGAAAGCUUCCCUAGUGAGAAAACUCCAGAAUGGUUGAAGCUUAAUAUCCUAAAUGGUGAAUUGAAGAGGCUAUACAUAACAGGAGGAAAACUCACAAGUUUAGAUAUUAAAAGUUUUGGAGGAAAAUAUUCUACUGUGGAGAUCUUGCGUCUGAAAUACCUAAAGCGUCUUCAAAUUGAUCGUGAAAAAUUGAAAGAGAUGUUUCCUUCUCUGAAGUAUGCAGAGCAUGUUCCAAUUCAGAGUGAAGAAAAGUUCAGGAAAAGAUAUCAGUAA